UUCCCCGCCAUAUUCAACCGAAGAGCGAAUCGAGUUGAGUCAAUGGUGUCGAACAUUGCAGCUGAACGAGUUGAAUCAGAGAGCCCCAAGGCCAAAGAAGAAGCCAAGACCGAGGAGACCAUCACCGCCGGCCAAGGCUUCAACUUCGAGAACGGCAUGAACCCAGUAGUUGCAUCCGCCGCCGACCGCCAUGCUGAGAUUGCUUCCAUCAUUUCUCCGGUGGAAACUGUCGAAUCAGCCCUAGAGACCAAGAAAAUGAAGAACGUUAAGAAGAAUAAACAGAAGAAUGAGGUGCAAGUCUCCGACACCAAGAAGCCCUUCGUCUUCUAUCUGAAUCGCGCCAAGACAUACAUCCAUGAGUUCAACGAGGUUGAACUUUGCGGCUUGGGAAUGGCUAUUCCUACUGUUGUCACCAUAGCUGAGAUUCUGAAGCGAAAUGGAUCCGCAAUCCAGAAAGGAUUAGCAACAUCGACUGUGCUCGGCACACAUGAGGAUUGAAAGGGUUGUCAGAUCGAGAAAGCUAAG